UGUCAGAGCCCAGGAGGAGCACGUGAACGCAUCGAAAGUUUAGUGUGCAGAGUGGAGAUAUCUGUAGCCAUGGAGGAAAAACAGAGCAGUACGGAUCAGAAUUUUACUCCAGACCCAGGAGGGGCAGGAGCAACACACGAUGCCCCACGUGACCCCAGGCCCGAGGAUAUCAUUAGCAGACAGCUGAGUGAGCAGGGCCGCUUCGCCUAUGCUGCCCUGUGUGCUGUGUCUCUGGGUCAUCUGUUCACUGGACCUGAGAACAGUGCGUUCAGGGAGCAGCAUCUGCAGGGCCUGGUCCGCUGGCUGGACCUGGAUGAGUCGGUGAUGCCGGUGAUGGGGGCUUUCCUGUCGGGCCUGGGCUUUGAAGGCUCCGACACCUUCCUCUCCACCUUACAGGCCGAACCUCUGCUGGCUUCUGGGGCCACUCCCAUCAUACAUGAUCUGGUCUCUUUUUCUGUCAAAGAUGGCAAGUACGAUGCCAGAUCGAGGGUUCUCAUCCGCCAUGUCGGCUCUCUGCUGCGAGUCUUCACAAAGCAGCUGGAGGAGUUCGAGGAAACACUGGGAGAAAAGCUGAGGGAAGGGGGGGAGGAGAGCGAGGAGGAGUCCUCUCGGCGGCUGAGGAGAGAAAGAGGGAGAAGGUUACGACGCUACCUCCUGAUUGGACUAGCUACUGUGGGCGGAGGAACUGUGAUUGGUGUGACAGGUGGGCUGGCAGCCCCCUUGGUGGCAGUGGGGGCCGGUGCUGUGCUGGGGGCGGGGGGGGCUGCUGCUCUGGGCUCAGCCACUGGCAUAGCAAUCAUGGCCUCUCUGUUUGGAGCAGCGGGAGCUGGAUUGACUGGCUAUAAGAUGAAUAAGUGUGUCGGGGCGAUUGAGGAGUUUGAGUUCCUGCCGCUGCGCUCAGGGAAGCAACUUCACCUGACCAUCGCAGUGACAGGUUGGCUCUGCAGUGGCAAAUACAGUUCGUUCCAGGCCCCAUGGUGCAGCCUGGGGGAGUGCGGGGAGCAGUACUGCCUGGUGUGGGAGUCCCGCUUCCUCAGGGAUCUGGGCUCAGCCAUGGCCUCUCUGCUGGACGGGCUGGUCAGCAUGGUGGCCCAGGAGGCGCUCAAGUACACCGUGCUCUCAGGCAUUGUGGCGGCUCUGACGUGGCCGGCGUCUCUGCUGGCAGCAGCCAGCGUCAUCGACCACCCCUGGUGUGUGUGUCUGAACCGCUCGGCUGAGGUGGGGAAACACCUGGCGCAGGUUCUGAGGAGCAGACAGCAGGGGAAGCGGCCUGUCAGCCUGAUAGGCUUCAGUCUCGGGGCCAGAGUUAUCUACUACUGUCUACAGGAGCUUGCCAAUGACCAAGGAAGUGAAGGGGUAGUGGAGGAUGUAGUCCUCUUGGGGGCUCCUGUGGACGGCUCUGAAAAGGCCUGGGAGAGAAUCACGAGGGUCGUAGCUGGAAGAAUAGUGAACGGCUACUGCAGAGGGGACUGGCUCCUGGGGUUCCUGUACCGAAGUUCAUCUGCACAACUGUCUGUUGCCGGGCUACAGCCAAUCAACAUCAAGGAUCGGCGCAUAAUUAAUGUGGAUCUUUCCUCCAUGGUGAAAGGCCACUUGGACUACAUGCGUCAUAUGGACACCAUCUUAGUGGCGGUAGGAGUUCCCACCAAAGAAGUGCCUGGAGCCUCCUUUGCUCUUCCUCAGUCUGUAAUAAUUACAAACGGGACAGUGGUAAUCCCUGACCAAACCCUUGACACAAAGACAAAAGACACACAAAAACAAGCUGAGGAGACCUGUGCAGAAAAAAGUGGAGACGUGACAGAGGAACUGGGUGACGGGUGGGAUAUCCCUGAUAUUUCAGACCUGCUGGACUCAUUAAAUGAAACGGAAUCAGACAGGAACAAUUUACCGCUUACCUCAGAGGAAAAUGCAACUGAGGGCGACAAAGGGUCUGCUCUCAAUGCCCCUUUGGACGCCGCGGAGGAUAAUGAACAUGUGUCAUGGAGCUGGGAUGAUACACACUGGACUACAGAGCACACACAUAAACAAAGGCAGCCAGACUUGUAAAGAGCAUGUUUGUGGAUCGGCUGCUUCCUUGUAAAAAUCUCAUCUUCUCAAGUUGUUUUUUUUAGCAUCAAAGCUUUAUUGGAGAAAAUAUUCAUCCCAUUCUCAACACACUGACAUGCCAAGAAUAGCUAGAGAGUCAAUGCACGCAUAUGGAAGGCUUGAGUGAAAACCCCCUUUGUUAAACUUUAAGUACAAAAUGUUGGACUUACUAUUAGUUUAAUUAAAAAAAAUGUUUUAUGAAGUACAUUUUAUACAAGCUGUUAAUAGUGACAUAAUUUAUUUCUAUCUAACUGUGAGAUCAAAUACUUGUUCUGUGUUUUCACAGGGUUUUUUUAAGAGAAUGCUACAAAAUAGGUGAUACCUCUAUUCCUCUCGUCUAUCUAAUUAUCAUCUGUGGCCCGGUUGCUAUGGAUAUUAUCACAGUAAUUUAAUUUCCAUAAGGCGGUGAGUAAUUCAGUGAAUGUGUAUUCUUCAAGCCUUUUUUUUCUCUCUGUUCUACCCUUGCCCUUGAAGCAAGUGCUCCUUUCCAUAGAGCCUCAGGAUUGUAUUGUGUAUAUACUUGGCACUGAUCUGACUGGAAAAUAUUCCCUGAAUUUUUAUUUUAUUUUACAAAAUGCACCUACAUCAAGUUCUUCAACCAUAUUUAAUUGAACUAGUGAAUUUGUCUAGACAUUUUCUGUGAAAAUAAAAAAGUGAUCUUA